AACAAUCGUUGUGUGCCAGUUUUGGCGUUCUGCAGAGCCCAUAAACUUUAACCUUUGAGGCAGAGGUUUAAGCGCAUGCGUACUACAAAGACCAACGUCUAGCGCCAUGGCGGAUGAGAUAGCAAAAGCUCAGGUUGCCCAGCCCGGCGGUGAUACAAUCUUCGGCAAAAUCAUUCGCAAGGAGAUUCCUGCAAAAAUAUUAUUUGAAGAUGAUCAGUGCAUAGCCUUCCAUGAUGUUACCCCACAGGCCCCUACUCAUUUUUUGGUUGUCCCAAGAAAACCAAUUGUGCAACUGUCAAAAGCGGAGGACAGUGAUGCGGCUCUCCUGGGCCACAUGAUGAUAGUGGCCAAGAAGUGUGCCGAGCAGAUCGGCCUGCCCAAGGGCUACAGGCUGAUCUUGAACGACGGGCCCGACGGUGGCCAGUCCGUCUACCACAUCCACAUCCACGUGAUGGGCGGACGCCAGUUGGGCUGGCCCCCCGGCUAACUGUCCACACAGACCGUCUACCGGUCUGACUACCAUCCGUCAUCUCUUUAUCCCCAGAUAGUCCAAUGCUGUCCCGAUGCGACUUAUUUCUCUGUCAGUCUGUCACGUAGACCAGCGACUUAUUUCACUGUCAGUCUGUCACGUAGACCAACUACUUAUUUCACUUUCAGUCUGUCACGUAGACCAACUACUUAUUUCACUUUCAGUCUGUCACGUAGACCUACUACUUAUUUCACUGUCAGUCUGUCACGUAGACCUAAUGUGAUGAUAUAUCAAUGGUAAAUAAAUGCACUUCAAGCCCCA